AUGCCGGGUGGCCAGUGUGACGGCCAGACGCCUGCCCGGCUUGAGAUGGACGAGCCCCGCCUAUACCAAGCCCGCCGCCAGCUCAGGAUCCACUGCAAACCCCACUUGCUCCUGCCCCUGGGCCCCGCCGGUCCCUCUAUGCGCAAUAUACACCUUUACCCCGGCGGGGGCCUCGCGGAAAUAUAUCCCGUACGCGGGCCGUUCAGUCGCCAACCUAGUCCGGUGGCCGACCCCGUACAGGCCGAAACCGCAUUGGGCCAGGAGCGGCCCGCGAACCGGCCGCAGCCGUCGCUGGCCAGGGAACGGCCCGCAGCGGGACCAGGCAUCAGUUCGGAGCCGCUCGGCGAGGCCAGAGGGCCCCGGCAGCAUCAGUGCGCGGCGCGCCGGCACAGGCCGCCCGAGGAGCGGGCAGCGGAUAGGCAGCCGCCGGAGCCGGCAGCAGGAACAGGCCUGCAGCGGCAGCGGCAGCCGGCCCGGCCUCAGUUCGGCGCCGCAGUGCGCACGGCAGCAGGGACAGCAGCGGAAGGAGCGUAG